AUGGACAACUACAAAAAAAAUACUUUAAUUCCAAAAAAUGAUGAUAAUAUAGAGGAAAGUGAGGAUUCAAAUGCGAUUCCACCGAAUUUGAAGACGUUUGCAAAUUCCUUGGCUGCUUUAGAUGAUGGCGUUAAUGAAUUUCGUAAACGUAUGAAUCAACUUUCAGUGACAAAGCAUAAUUUAGACACGUUCAAUGAAUCUUUUGCUUCUUUUUUAUAUGGUUUACAAAUAAAUGCUUUUUGUGUCGACUAUGAAAAUGCUCCUCUAGCUGAAAGUGCUUCUUUGCAAAAAAUCAAGGAUCAGUUGAAAAUGGAAGUUCAGUCUAGACAAUCUCAGCAAAUUUUCGCAUCUUCUUCAAAUAGUGGUAAUAGACAUGCACAAGAAAUGAACGCUUCAGCAGUGGAUGAAACAUUUACUACCAACGAUACAUCAUUCAUUGAGCGCCCAGAGUCCUUCCCCAUACCUCGUUGA